AUGGCAACCAUAGCUUCCUUACAUCGCCUUUCUCGCCUCCGAUUCAUCGCCAAUUCCCCAUCCCUUCUAUCACCUCUUUCAAUCCCAUCCUAUUUUUCUCUCACCCCCAAAACUAAGAAAUCGAAUCGAUUACGGUUCUUCUCAAUGGCUGCGGAACCCAAGGAAUCGCCUGCCAACAACCCCGGUCUGCAUACAACUCCUGACGAAGCUACCAAGGGUUACAUCAUGCAACAAACUAUGUUUCGAAUCAAGGACCCCAAAGUGAGCCUUGAUUUCUAUUCUCGCGUCUUGGGCAUGUCUUUGCUUAAGAGGCUGGAUUUUCCAGAGAUGAAAUUCAGCCUGUACUUUAUGGGCUAUGAGGAUACAUCAGAAGCUCCUAGUAAUCCAGUUGAAAAAACAGUUUGGACCUUUUCUCAGAAGGCUACAAUUGAACUGACACAUAAUUGGGGUACUGAGAGUGAUCCAGAGUUCAAAGGGUACCACAAUGGAAAUUCUGAACCUCGCGGCUUUGGACACAUUGGCAUAACUGUUGAUGACACAUUAAAGGCAUGCGAAAGAUUUCAGAAUCUGGGAGUUGAGUUUGUUAAGAAACCAGACGACGGGAAAAUGAAAGGUAUAGCCUUUAUCAAGGAUCCUGAUGGAUACUGGAUUGAAAUCUUUGAUCGAAAAACAAUAGGAAGUUUGACACAAACUGCCUCUUAG